UUGCGAUUUUAGUUUCUCAUCCUCAGCGCCUGUCGUUUUAUUUGAUGGUUUCCGACGUUUUUCUUAUAGAAUCGACAAGAGAGACAGUGGAUUUCACGCUUCGGCUUAUGAACGAGUUCACUUGACUCUGUCCUCUCACCCUCAAGCCUUUACUGCCCGGUGCCCCCGGUCUCCGGAUCAGUAACCGCGGCCGGCCAGGCCUGAGUAUGACUACACGGUUCAGGCGACUGGGAGGCAGUUGGCAGCUCGGACUGCGAUGGUGGGGGCUGAGGGAGGCGCCCUCCCCGGGCCGUUCGACAGUGGAGCGGGACGACUCCCCGACAGUCCGCUACACGGGGAAAGGCCGCAGAAAGAGCCGCGUGUUUGUCUGGGGAUUCGCCCACACCGGGGCCUUGGGCCUCGCAGCUGCUGCCCGCCGGAAAGCCGCGAGUAUGCAGCUGAGGCCUCACCGCCUGGAGCUGGAGUCGGAGUCGCGGAUCUCCUCUGCAGCAUGUGGUUAUGGAUUCACAUUACUGUCUUCACAAACCACUGACAUCACCAAGCUGUGGGGAAUGGGCCUGAACAGAGAUUCUCAAAUUGGAUUUCACAGGAGUCGACAGGACAGGACGAGGGGUUAUGAAUACGUACUGGAACCUUCCCCUGUGCCAUUGCCUCUGGAGAAGCCUCAGGAGACGCGAGUGCUGCAGGUGUCGUGUGGGAGGGCGCACUCACUGGUGAUGACCGACAGUGAGGGAGUAUUCAGUAUGGGAAACAAUGCGUAUGGACAGUGUGGGAGGAGCAUUGUUGACAGUGAGAUUUAUAGUGGCAGCCAGAUUAUUCACCGCAUUGAAGGUGUGGAUAGUAGAAUUGUUGAGGUUGCUUGUGGGCAGGAUCACAGUCUCUUCAGAACAAACAAAGGCGAGGUAUACUCCUGUGGAUGGGGAGUUGACGGACAAACAGGUCUCGGUCACAAUGGUGCAGUGUCCAAACCAACCAGGCUGACAGGAGAUAUUGCUGGAGUGAAUAUUGUGCAGAUCGCAACAUAUGGAGACUUCUGUUUGGCUGUAUCGGCAGAAGGAGACCUGUUUGGUUGGGGUAACUCUGAGUAUCUGCAGCUUUCUACGGUCACUGAGUCCACACAGGUGAACGUGCCGAAGAAGCUCCCCUUUAAAGGCCUGGGACGGAUAAAGUCUGCGGCAUGUGGUGGUUCUCAUGCUGCCGCCCUCAAUUGUGAUGGCAAUGUGUUUGUGUGGGGGUAUGGGAUCCUGGGGAAAGGACGUAAUCUCUCUGAGUCCAGAAUACCAGAGAUGAUCCCACCGACUCUGUUUGGCUGCUCGGAGUUCACACCCCAAGUGCGAGUUGAUCGUAUUGCCUGUGGGCUCCACCAUUUUGCUGCCAUCACUAAUCGUGGUGAGCUCUUUGUUUGGGGCAAAAACCAGCGAGGUUGCCUUGGCAUUGGGAACAAAGAUGACCAGUACUUCCCCUGGAGGGUGACGGUACCAGGAGAAGUCAUGGACAUGGCUUGUGGGGUCGACCACAUGGUGGCAAUGACAAAAACAUUCAUCUGACCUGUUGGCCCACGAUUAUCGAACAUGCUUGACUCUUGGCAAAAACUGAUUCGAGUACUCGACUUGAAUCUCACACGGAGGCUCAUUUUGAAUGAGACAUGCGUUUCUGGUUUUACUCCAGUGUUCACGAUGGUCCAAAUGUGUUCGAGCUGCUUCCAGUCCCACAGCCUGGCCAUCCUAACUAUUAUUUCUUUAAGACUGAGUGCUGAAAUUAUUUAAACACUGUGCAGUGAAAUUAAUACUACAGCUGUGAUAAUGUUGAUCACUGAAUGUCACCUCACCUGCUCAUAACAGGGAUUUCUACCCCAACAAUCACACCAACAAACUGGCUUCUAUGGAUAAGAAUUCCUCUGUUGCAAGUGCCAUAAUUCUCAACUAACUUUUCACUAUGAUGUGGUUUUGAGAUCCACAGCUUUCCCUGCUCUAUUGUUUCCUGGCUCUUAAGUUUCAUUUACAGAUACUUGGAGUGAGAGAGCCUCAUGGAAUGACUGAGCUUCACCACACAGUGGUGUGGUCACACUGCCAGCAACAGGCUAAAGAGCACACCAACUACACCGACAUUCCCAUGGAACCUGCAUCCCAGCUUUAUGGGCAAACUGCCCUUUGUUGACAGAAUGUCGUUUCACAGUUAAGCAAACAUCUUAUCGGUCCACACUGGGCCUGAAGAAGGCGGUGAAUCCCAGUCCCACGAUAAACUCUCCAAUUACACCACUCAUCUGCCUUAAAGGGAAAGCAAGACACAUUCUCAGAAUUUAUGUCUCAGAACUUCAAACUCUUCCUGCUGACCCAGCACACACUCAUCAUUGGUUGAAAGCAGCACCAGCAGUGUGGUGGGACAGGAAGUGGUUGGUGCAAUGUUGGGGUAUGGGCUCUCUGGUCCUGAUGUUGGGAAUGUGGGACAGACUCUCCUAGCAUUGGAAUGGUCUGGAUUCUGCUGACCGCCUGGUGGACCAGAUCCUGAUAGUGGGAAUGUUGGGAGAGUCUGGAUUCUGAUGUUGGGACUGUGGAUGGAUUGUUAAUUAACUACUGAUAGCAGUAAACACAGGGUUACAGCAUCGGCCACUGGUGGAGUUUGGGUGUGUGAAUCAGCCUCAAUUAUUUGCUUCAAAUUAUUAAAUUUGAUAUCAGAGAAUGUA